GUGAAACUAUAUCUGUGUAGUUUGUGGAAUAUAUCCUGAAAAAUUUCCAGUCACUGAGAAUAAGAAGAGAUUAGUCACAUCUGCCUAACCUGCUGAAAAGUAAUCCAUAAAGGAAUUGAACGCGCACAGCGGAUUCUCCGCGAAUUAUGGGCGCGAGCUAUCCUAGUUCCCCAUGCAUGGAAGUGUCUUUCUCUAUAAAAAAAAGGCAACAAUGGUUUAAUAAAAUUUUAGUGUUACUUAUAAAUUUUUAAUGAAAAAAUUUAAAAACUGAAAUUAGUAAGGUUUCUUACUGUACAACUAUAAUUAAGAAAGAACUUUAUAUAUAUAUAAUUUUUAAGUUUAGAUGUUUUAACAAAGAUGAUCAAGUUGCUUAUCAAUUAGUAUUGUUCGUGACCCAUAAUUAACGAACCAAAAAGAAUUUUAAAUUUAUAUAAAGACAUUCAUUUUCAUGAAUUAUGUAUGCAAUUUACACUGAAUUAUAAUGGGAGAAUAUUUAAAAGAAACUUCAGUAUUCCAGACAUAUAUCGUUGGGAUUAUCAUUUUGAUAAUUUUUUAUAUAAUAAAACGUCCUCGUAUUGCUGCAAACGAACCACCGCUUGUGCCUUAUACAAUUCCAAUUCUCGGACAUACGUAUAAUUACUUAUUUAACACACAAAAAUUCUUGAAAGAAUGUAAGGAACAGUAUGGUGAAUGCUUUUCAGUUUAUGUAUUCGGAUAUGUGGUGACGGUUGUUUCGAGAGAUUCAUUGAGUGAAGUGUUAAUAAAUCGGGAAGUCUUUGAAUUGGAUAUAUUCGAGAUUCUUCCUUUCAAUAUGAUCUUUGAAAAUGUUGGUGAUUUUGGAAAAGUAGCUCAUAUUAAUGCCAAGCUCGCUAGAGAAAAAAUCUCUGCUAAGAUAGAAGUUUGCACUCCAGUAAUACGAAAAUAUAUCGUGGAAGGAAUUGAUAAAUGGAUUGGAGAUUGUAAAGAACCAAAAGAAUUUCGUAGUAUUUGGUCACUAACAAAUAAUAUAAUCGCUUUACCAGUGGCUAAUAUAAUGGUUGGAGAGGAAGCUGCAUCUCAUGAAGAUGUGACAAAGUCAUUGGGAGACUUUGCUUUCGAUAUAGGUCCAUUAGGAGCAAUUCCGCCAGUUUUUUCUUUUAUCCAUCCGAAACUUCACGAAUUCGUUAUCACCUUGCCUUUGAGAUUUGGGUGGAAUCCAGUUGCACGUCAUCGAAAAAUUAUAAUCAAUCAAAUAAAACCGGUAAUCGAAAAACGUAUCAAAGAGAAAAAAACGCUUGGAAAAGAUUAUAAACCUUAUUUUGAUGCACUUGAAUACUAUAUGAGUCAACCGGAUUUCGAUUACUCAAAAUUACAUUAUUACGUUGACGCCUUAUUUGUACUAACUUUUGGCGCCAUCGGAACAACGAGCGGUGCAGUUACAAAUGGAUUAUUUGAUAUGGCGGGAAGACCAGACUGCUUUAAUGAAUUAUAUGAAGAAGCAAUGAUGAUUGACAAAGAAUGCAAUGGUUCGAUUGGUUUUGCUGAUGUUCAAAAAAUGAAGAAACUAGAUAGUUUCGUCAAAGAAGUGCUUAGGCAUUCGGAUGAUACACUGAAGCGUCUUCAUAAAGUUAUAUCAGAAAGUUAUACGUUUUCCAACGGCUAUACAGUUCCAAAAGGACGUAGAAUAAAUUUGUAUGUGAAUGAUGCAUUAAAAUCAAAAGAUUUUUAUGGUGAUGAUGCUGAUGAAUUUAAACCAUUUCGAUUUGUAAAUGAAAAUUCUCCUGCAACAAAAGUUGAUCGUAAUUAUGUUGUUUUUGGUGGAGGAAAACAUGCAUGUCCCGGUCGAUUUUUUGCUAUUCAUGAGGCAAAAAUUAUAUUUCAUAAAUUAAUCUUGAGAUACAAUAUUAAAACAAAGAGUGGUAAGAUUGAAAAUAAGACAUACCUUGGUCCAAGCACAUUACCUCCUAGGGGUUCUUUAAUUUUUGAAAACAGAAAAUAAUGGGAAAUACUUAAAAAUUCUUUUAACUUAUCUACUUCAGUUUUAUCUAUUCAAAAAAUUCAAAAUUUAUUUACGACAAUAUGUUUAAUAAUUUUUUUUUUUUUUUUUUUUUUUUUUUACACAGUUUACACAGAUUACACGCACGGAAAUUUAUUAAAAUGCUUAUAGUAAACUAGAUCCAUUAGACAGCUUCAUUAAAUAUGCAUAAAUAGAAAUAGACCUUCGCUAUGCUCCGGACCAAUUCUUAUUGGUCACCGUAAUUUAUUAUGUAAUUACUUGAAAUAAGUAAAUAUUUGCUUAUCUUUUAUUCUUCUGUCUAAGGCAAAAAAUAUUUGGGGAUAAAUAUGUUACAUUGCGUGUCG